CAGAAACAGCAGCCCUUCUGCUUCUUGGAUAAGACACCUCUCUGCUUGGUCGGGGGAUCAGCACAGUCCUCCCAGUCAUUCACCAAGCUUCCGUGGUCUCCAAAUUCCAGGCAUAAGAUGAAAGGCUCUGGUCUUGGCUUGGGUCUUCUCUCCGCUGUGUUUUGUCUCCUCUGGACGACUUCGACUGGGCUCAAGGCUCUCCACUUCGGAAGCUGUGUGAUCGCCACAAACCUCCCGGAAAUACAAAAGGGAUUCUCCGAGAUUCGGGACAGUGUGCAAGCCAAAGAUGAGAACAUUGACAUCAGAAUCUUAAGGAGGACCGAGUCUUUGCAAAACACAAAGCCUUCAGCUCGGUGCUGCCUUCUCCGCCAUUUACUGAGACUCUACCUGGACAGGGUUUUCAAAAACUACCAGACUUCUGACCAUCAUACCCUCCGGAAGAUCAGCAGUCUCGCCAAUUCCUUUCUUACCAUCAAGAAGGGCCUCCGGCUCUGUCAUGCCCAUAUGACAUGCCAUUGUGGGGAGGAAGCAACGGAGAAAUAUAACCAGAUUCUGAGUCACUUCCAAGAGCUCGAGCCUCAGGCAGCAGUUGUGAAGGCUUUGGGGGAACUAGACAUUCUUCUGCGAUGGAUGGAGGAGAUAGAAUAGGAGUGACAUGAUGCUGCUGAUGGGAAUACUCCUGGCCAAGUGUCCCGAUUCUCUGGACCACAGAGACAUGACCCCAAGCCACCAUCUCUUUGCCAUAUAAUUUAGUGCUGGUUGCAGCGUAGAUUAUUUAUUUAUUAUUCAUUCCCUUAUGUGGUAAUCUUUAUGGGUCCCUAAUCUUAAUCUGGACCAGAAUUUUAGAAGAUUUUAGUAAUAUCUGUUCUACUGUUGCAUAUAUUUAUUUGUUAAUGUAUUUAUUUAUUUUUGCUAUUGAACUUAUUUAUUUUUGUACUUGAACAUGAGAUUGAAAAACAUUCUCAGGUUAUAUUUAUAACAUGACUAGGGCAGGUGAUGUAUUUUCAUACUGUAAACAAAGACCUCUAAAUUCUAGGAGUGACAAGAGGGAUUAGUCACUAUGUAUUAAGGACCUAUCUACUGACUGCCAAUGCCCUGUGAGAUAUUUAAAAUUGAACCAAUAGUGAUUGGUGUGGGUUAUGGAAGAUGUUCUGGUGAAAUUACAGACCUGUCCUACAAUACUGAGCACUGCAACCCGACUCCAGGCCCCUACAGUGUGUCUUCCAGGGUUGGAAUCCUGCAUGGUCAACAUGAAG